AUGGCUCGUCGACCGAAACGGUCGGCGCUCGCGCUAGCAGCGAUCGCAGCGCUCGUGGCGUUCUGUCAAGUGACCCCGGUCCGGCACCGGUGCGGUGGUGGUGGUGUGGUGGUGGUAGCGGCCGCAGCGGCGGCACCCGAAAGUGCCGAAACGGACCUGGAGGCGGCCGAAAGCCGCGACCAUCAGCGGGCGGCGCUGCUCAAUCUGCCCAAGUUCGGUGAUCGGCUCGCGCCCCGCAAUCGACCGCCCGCCGUUCCCGAAGAGGUGGCGGCCCCGAGUGCGGUGGGAGCGGGCCCGGGUAAGGCACGGCAAGCCCGGGGCCAUGUGUACGGUGCGGGGGGACGCGGUCCCGGGGACAUCAAGCGGAGCGAUGUGAUGGUGGUCAGUUCGCGCAGUGCAAAGGGUUCGGUGGCGGAACAGGAGCUCCUCACGGAGGAGGAGGAGGAGGAAGGGGAGCAGGCGGUGGAGCAGGAGGAUCAGGAGAUAGUGAGUGAAGGAGGAGAAGGAGCGGCGGCGGCGGCGGCGGCGCCGGAGGACCACGUGGUCGAGGAGGAGGUAGAGCUAGGGGAGGCGCGUGUGGCCGCGAGUGCCGUCGGUGGUGACUUCCGUGGACAAGUGCGCCGCGUCCCGGUGCGGAACGAGCUGGAGCUGGUCCCGGUGGUGGAGGAUGGGGCGGAACGGGGGUCGCACCGUGGCGGAGCGCCCGUCGCGGGAGGCAACGCAUCGUCUGCCCAGGCUCAUCGGCUCGAGAUGUCGACCGAGUUCUUCGUAGUGCCAUCGACCGCGGCGUCCGCGGCUUCCCGCUCCACGAUCGUUCCCCGGCCACCGGGGGGCGUCAUCCUGGCCGCCCGGCGCCCUCCGCCACCGCUACCGGGCAGCACCGGCCGGGCUUCAGCUUCGCAACCACCGACGGUGGUGGCCACGGCUGAGUAUGGAGCGGGUGGCACGGGUGGCACGGGCAGCGGGGCACUGCGCAAGGAACCGUGGGUCGUGCCGGUGCUGGUCCUUGCCUCCCUGUCGAUGCUGAUGAUGGCCGCGUUCGAGGUGUUCGUCCUGUGCAAAGCUUGGCGGACGUCUCCGAGCCGGAGGCACCUCUUCCUCGGCCAGAUGCUGCUGCUGGGACUGUUCGCGUGCUCCAGCCUGGCCGCGGUGCUCACCGUCAACCCGACCGUCCUGUCGUGCGCCACGAUGCGCUUCGGGGCGGGCGUCGCGUUCGCGCUCGUCUUCGCCUCGCUCCUCGUCAAGUGCGUGUUCCUGAUCAGCCUGAACGGUGGCGUGUACCUGCCGGCCCCCUACCAGGGUCUGCUGCUCCUGUUUGCCGUCCUCAUCCAGGUGGCCGUCGGUGGCCAGUGGCUCCUUACGUCCCCGCCCGCCGUCGACAACGUGGCGGUAGCGUCGGGCCCAGGCGGCUCCCCACCGGGAGGUACGGCCAUCUCGAGCCGCUACCAUCUGCUGCUGACGGCGAGUGACCUCGCGACGAUGAACCCGCCCGGGGUCGGGCCGGGGACCACCAUCAUCCCGCUCUGCCACACGCCCUUCUCGGAGCUGCUCCUGUCGCUCGUCUACAUCGUGUUCCUGAUCGCGUUCGUCGCCGUGCUGGCGAUCAAGUCGCGCGGCAUCCGCGACAACUACCGCGAGGCGACCUACAUCGGCCUAGCGAUCGGCGGCAUCAUUCCGAUCUGGCUCGGCUGGACGCUGUGCGGGCUGGCGGUGGCCGACCGGCACCGGGACGCCUGCCUCGCGUUCGGGCUCGUCGCCACCUCGUCCACCGUGUUCCUGGUGAUGUUCAUGCCCAAAGGCCGCCAGCUGGCCGCGAUGGGCAAGGAGGGCCUGUACGUCGAGGACCGUGAGGAGCGCUUCAGCUCGCUGAGCCGCGCCGGUUCCGGCUACUCGCCCUCCUUCUUCCACUUCAAGCCUAUCAAGUACGGCGUCAUGGGUCCGUCGCCCACCCUUGGCCAGCCGAACGGCGGCGGAGGCGGUGCGGCGGCUGCCCUUGUGGCCGGUACUACCACCACCUCCAAGCACCAGGCUGUCGCCACCCUCGGCGGAGAUCGCGUUGCACUGGUUACGGCACCACCGAGCUAUACGCCACGCAUGUAUCAUUACUUUCCAGCACACAUGACACACCCCUUCUGUUACUACCCCUCACUGGCACCGCAACAGGCGCGAUACCCAGGUUUGUUUAUGCGACCGGAUGAGACGAACCUGUACACCACGCUCGAGCAAACGAUGAGCAGCAACCCGAACGUGUACUUCCAACGUGGUGGCGGCGUCCAUCCGGGAAUGAUGUACUGAGGGGCCCACCGGCGCCAGGAACGACUACUCUAGACGAACGACGAGAGGUUAGGUGGCGAACGGUACGCGGACGCCCCGGAGACUAAGGACUCUU